AACACAAGUGUGCUCUUUCGCAAUCUGAUUCGAUUUGAUGGCUUCACUGUAGACUUUUUAUUUAGUCGUAAGAAGAAACCAAAACAAGACGCCAUCAUUGAUCAUCAUGACUUGACGUUGGAAAACUUCUCAUAUGAAGAGAUCACAGCAAACUACAGACCCGCAUUUGUUGAUCCUGGUCGAAAGACCGUAUUUACAGCAGCGAUCGGGUUAGAAACAGAAAGACAUGAGAUACGACGCUGCUCAACAAAAGAAUAUUACCACAUGACGGGUAGUACUCGUAUCAAUACAGAAUUAGAAAGGAAAAAAGCCAAUUGUACGAUAAAAGAUAUAGAAAGCAAUAUAUCGAGUUGCAAAACAGGCUCGCCUGAACAGUAUAAAAAAUAUACUACUUAUAUACUGCAACAUUUAGGCACUCUGUUCUCAUUCUACGGGUCUGAUAUGGGUGAAACAAGAUUCCGUCUGUAUCAAGGGCAGCAAGCGUGCUGCAGAUACAAUGUCGAACAUGCUUGUUAAUGGAGGUGUCAAAUACGACAAAGAAUUACGGAAAAAGAGAAGGGAAGAACAGAUAAAAUGGCCAAAGAAGAAGGGCAAACCUAAACUUAGUAAAACAAGAAAGAAAAAAAGAAACCGAAAGAGAAAGAGAAGCAGGAAGAAGAAGAGAAAGAGGAAGAUAACCACGUUCAGUAAGUCUUGUAGCGAUCAACUGUCAACUGAAUUUGUGUAUACUCACUCUAGUAUCUUUCUUCUAGAAGACGAUGGACCCUUGAGAAAUUCAGGUUGAGUGAUAGCAAAAAAGUUCCUCUGAUUGUAUU